AUGCUCUCUCCCCCCCUCCUCUGUCACAUGCUCUCUCCCCCCCUCCUCUGUCACAUGCUCUCUCCCCCCCUCCUCUGUCACAUGCUCUCUUCCCCCCUCCUCCGUCACGUGCUCUCUCUCCCCCUUCUCUGUCACAUGCUCUCUCCCCCCCUCCUCUGUCACAUGCUCUCUCCCCUCCUCUGUGACAUGCUCUCUCCCUUCCUUCUGUCACGUGCUCUGUCCCCUCCUCUGUCACAUGCUCUGUCCCCUCCUCUGUCACAUGCUCUGUCCCCUCCUCUGUCACAUGCUCUGUCCCCUCCUCUGUCACAUGCUCUGUCCCCUCCUCUGUCACAUUCUGUCCCCUCCUCUGUCACAUUCUGUCCCCUCCUCUGUCACAUUCUGUCCCCUCCUCUGUCACAUUCUGUCCCCUCCUCUGUCACAUUCUGUCCCCUCCUCUGUCACAUUCUGUCCCCUCCUCUGUCACAUGCUCUGUCCCCUCCUCUGUCACAUGCUCUGUCCCCUCCUCUGUCACAUGAUCUGUCCCCUCCUCUGUCACAUGCUCUGUCCCCUCCUGCUCUGACCACUCCCGUGCUCUCCCCUCCUGCUCUGUCCCAUCCCGUGCUUUUACCUCCUGAUCUGUCCUUCCCUUGCUCUCCCCUCCUGCUCUGUCCCCUCCUUUGUCACAUGCUCUGUCCCCUCCUCUGUCACAUGCUCUGUCCCCUCCUCUGUCACAUGCUCUGCCCCCUCCUCUGUCACAUUCUGUCCCCUCCUCUGUCACAUUCUGUCCCCUCCUCUGUCACAUUCUAUCCCCUCCUCUGUCACAUUCUGUCCCCUCCUCUGUCCCAUGCUCUGUCCCCUCCUCUGUCACAUGCUCUGUCCCCUCCUCUGUCACAUGCUCUGUCCCCUCCUGCUCUGACCUCUCCCGUGCUCUCCCCUCCUGCUCUGUCCCAUCCCGUGCUUUUACCUCCUGAUCUGUCCUUCCCUUGCUCUCCCCUCCUGCUCUGUCCCCUCCCUUGCUCUCCCCUCAUGCUCUGUCUCCUCCCAUGCUCUCCCCUCCUGCGCUGUCCCUUCCCGUGCUCUCACCUCCUCUAUCACAUGCUCUGUCCCCUUCUCUGUCCCCUCCUCGAGAACCCACUGUUGGAGGCAGCAGGGGAUGGCAAGCUGGGCACGGACCAGCGUGAAAACCGCAGGCAGGCAGCAGCCGCAGAGGUGGGGUGGGGAGCAACAACCCGCAGAGGUGGGGUGGGGGGAGUGACGAAGUGGGGAGAGAGGUUGGGGAAUGAGGGGCAGAGGUGGGGUGGAGGAAUGAAGGGCGGAGGUGGGGUGGGGGGGAUGGCUUAUCAGUACAGGCGCAAUGAGGGAAAGUGGUGUGAUGAGAUCGAGAGUGAGACUGUGCUGAUGAUACAGCAGUCGUGUGCUGAAGUCUCACCUCCCCCUGCUGUUUCCCCCUUCCCCCUCCCCCAUUGA